AUGCGUUGUUGGCUUUUCAUCAUCACCUUGAUCAAUCUCUUUCAAAUAGGUAAACCAGUGCAUUGUGUGCUGUGUGAUUCGUUUUCGGGGUAUUGUGAUUUCGAUGGAAGCACCUGUGUGGGAAAGGCUUGUGUCACACGGACGUCGAUUAUUGAAGAAGGAAUGACUCGCGUUCAAAAAAUGUGUUCAACUUCGAAUUCGUUGCGUAAUGCGGCCGGCUGUCAUACUACUUUUCUUUGGGCAGACAGUAUUGGGCAAGAAUGUCUUUGCACAUCUGAUUUUUGCAAUUCUUCACCAACUCCCACCUUAUCCACAUAUUUUGCUCUUCUAGUCGUGAUUUUCAUUGAAUUA